AUGUCUGAAAAAUAUGAAAAAUUAGAAUUAGAACCAUUUUUUAAAACAAUUGAUGAAUUAAAACCAAAAUUUAUUGAAAGAUUAUCCAAAGCAAUUGCAAUUCCAUCAGUAUCAUCAGAUGAAUCAUUAAGACCAAAAGUUGUUGAAAUGGCUCAUUUUUUAGUUGAUGAAUUAACUAACUUGGGUUUCCAUGAUAUUCAAUUAAAAGAAUUAGGAAUUCAACCACCACCUGUAACUGAUAAAAAUUUAAAAUUACCACCAAUUGUUUUAGGUAAAUUUGGAUCAGAUCCAAAAAAGAAAAAUGUAUUGAUUUAUGGUCAUUAUGAUGUUCAACCUGCAUUAAAAGAAGAUGGAUGGAGUUAUGAUCCUUUUAAAUUAACUGUUGAUGAAAAAAAUGGAAUAUUAUAUGGUAGAGGUUCAACUGAUGAUAAAGGUCCUGUUUUAGGUUGGUUGAAUGUUAUUGAAGCUCAUAAUAAAUUAGGUUGGGAAUUACCAGUUAAUUUAAUUGUUUGUUUUGAAGGUAUGGAAGAAAGUGGUUCUCUUGGUUUAGAUGAAUUAGUUGCAAAAGAAGCAAAAAAUUAUUUUAAAGAUGUUGAUCAAUGUACUAUUUCAGAUAAUUAUUGGUUAGGUACAACAAAACCAGUAUUAACUUAUGGAUUAAGAGGUUGUAAUUAUUAUCAAAUAAUUGUUAAGGGACCAGGUGCUGAUUUACAUAGUGGUAUAUUUGGAGGUAUUAUAUCUGAACCAAUGACUGAUUUAAUUAAAGUUAUGUCACAAUUAGUUGAUUCUCAAGGUAAAAUACUUAUUCCAGGUAUUGAUGAAAUGGUUGCUCCAUUAACUGAAAAAGAAGAUAAAUUAUAUGAUAAUAUUGAUUUUUCAGUUGAAGAAUUAAAUGCUGCUUCAGGAUCAGAUACUGCAUUACAUCAAAAUAAAAAAGAUAUUUUGAAACAUAGAUGGAGAUACCCAUCGUUAUCUUUACAUGGAAUUGAAGGUGCUUUUUCAGGUGCUGGUGCUAAAACAGUUAUACCUUCAAAAGUAGUUGGUAAAUUUUCAAUAAGAACAGUACCAAAUAUUGAAUCUAAAAAAUUAGAUUCUUUGGUUUUCGAUCACAUAAAUAAAUUAUUUAAACAAUUAAACUCACCAAAUGAUUUUAAAGUUGAAUUAAUUCAUGAUGGGAAUUAUUGGGUUUCUGAUCCUUUCAAUGAAAGUUUCCAAGCUGCUGCAAAAGCAACUGAAGAUGUUUGGGGUAUUGUUCCAGAUUUUACAAGAGAAGGUGGUUCUAUCCCAAUAACUUUAACUUUUGAAAAAGAAUUAGGUGUUGAUGUUUUGUUAUUGCCAAUGGGUAGAGGUGAUGAUGGUGCUCAUUCAAUUAAUGAAAAAUUAGAUAUUAGUAAUUAUAUUAAUGGUUGUAAAACUUUAGGUGGAUUUUUACAUUAUUAUGGAAAAUCUGAAAAUUAG